AGGAGUCAGCGUCCCAAUUUAAAAGGAGCUGCACAGUUCUGAGAUAUUGAUGCUCAACUGAAGAAUUUACUUUCCGCUUUGGACUUUUACUGCUGAAGGACAAACCCUGAAGGUUGAUCAGAAAAUGAAUAUUCUUGUCAUACUUCUCCACUUCAUUGCUGCAUCCUUUGCACUUCCACUUGGUGUGCAGCGGCUCCUUUCUGCAAGCAACAGCAAUGAGGUUCUGAUGGGAAUGGUUGAUCCUGCUCUGUAUCAGGGUGGCGCACUGAAUGCUCUAGGUACUGGAGUCUUGCAAAAACAGCUGCAGCCUAAAAUUCCAGGUUUAACACAAAUCCAACAUGGCGCCCAUACUCCAAAUCUACAGAAUCUUAUCCCCUUUCAAAAGCUGACGCCAAAUUUGGGAUCUCCCUUUAUAUUAAUGGAUGGAGUCCUGCAAACACCUUACCAAAAUCAGCAACAACCUAAUCAGAUGAUGCUAUAUGUGGUUUCUUAUGGAUUAUCUCCUAAGCAAGGCCAGAUUGGACCUGUACCACCGCAUGAAACAGGAAACCAACAGCAACCUGAACAGGUGCUAGGAUGCUUUGUGCCUCAGUUAAAUGGAAUCUCAGCUAAUCCAGACUUGAUUCCCUUUGGUGGUCUUCAUCUUCCAACUAAAGCCUCUGAUGCUCCUGAUCCUUUUGGAGUAAAUCGUGCCCUUGAAACCAUGAAUCUGGAAGUUAAGGUUUACCCAGAUAAUGCUGAUGCAGCACAAGUACCUUAAUCUCAAUUUUCAAAAGGGAUGAUGCUGUUACUGAACAACUCCAGCAGCCAUGUCUAACCGUGUGAUGUUACAAAGCCAAUUUAUCCUUCCUUAGCUUUACAAGCAAAAUUCCGUGCCUAUCUGUCAUUGAGUAAAGAAAUUAUUAAAAUAGAGUAUUUAUACUUGUAAGACUAGUCUCUAAAAUACAACUGCAUUUGUUUAACUAUAAUUACUUUCUAUUAUUAGUGUAGAUGCUUUAAAAUCAGCAUCAUUAAAAAAAACUGACAAACAGUUAUUACUGGGACAAGUGUCGUAUACAAAGAAUGAUAGGGUUUUUUCAAAUAAACCACAGAAACGUAAUUAUGAAUUGCCUCACACUUUGCAAGAUGUAUUCCGUGGAGAGGAAGAUGGUUUUUGCAUAACAUUUAGUACAUAAUACAGCAACAGUGCCACAUUGUGGUAUCAACAUUUUCUUCAACUUCUACAAUAACAGGCUCAAACUUGGGGAUAGCAAAUUUGGAUAGCACAAUCAGCCUGCACAUGCUAGUGUCAUUCAUUUCUGGAGGCUACAUGCAGAGUAGAAACCCAGUGGCUGCAAGUUGGCUACAAACUGCAAGGUUGGUGUACAUAAACAUACUAAUACAAAAAGAGGUAGCCGGAGAGCACUUAUUUCUUUAGUUUAAAAGA